CAUAAAAGGAGAUGUGCUGGUGCUGCGUCGUCAACGCGUUAACUCUGCAUUCUUAACGAGGUUCGGCUGCUGGUUCUGUCUCAGAUCCAUUUGUUGUGCUGAAACUUGGGCCAGUGUUAUCCCAACACGAGCUCCGUGUUCCUGUCUGCGCCUCUUACUGCCCAGUCCUUGGUUCUGGUCCUGCUGAGCGGUGUUUAGUGUCCAGCAGCCAUGUCGGGCUUCAAUCUGCUGCACCUAAUAACCAAGAGUCAGCCGGUGUCUCUGCGGUCCUGCAGCCUUCCUUCAGGAGCUCGUCGGACCAAGAAGUCGUGGCCGCAGAGUUUCUCUCAGGAGGAGCUGAAGGAACGUCUCACUCCUCAGCAGUAUCACGUGACCCAGGAGAGAGGAACUGAGAGGGCCUUCACAGGAGAGUUCGUCGACCAGAAAGAUGACGGCACCUACACCUGCGUCGUCUGUGGGGCUGCACUCUUCAGCUCAAAGUUCAAGUUCGACUCCGGCUCAGGCUGGCCGUCCUUCUUCGACCUCCUGAAAGACGAGUCCAUCACCAAAUCUGAUGAUUUCUCCCACGGGGUGCACCGGGUGGAGACCACCUGCAGCCAGUGCGGCGCUCAUCUUGGACACGUGUUUGACGACGGGCCGAGGCCCACGGGGAAGCGCUACUGCAUCAACUCGGCGUCGCUGGCCUUCCAUCCUGAAGAUCCACACUCGUGUUCCAGCUCGUCACGUGAGGACCGAGCAGCCAGCAGCCCAGUGGCUGAUGGGAAGACGGAGCUCUGAACAGGACCAAGGACGAGUCCUCCAGACGAGACCAUGGUCCUCCAGACGAGACGAUCUGUCAGACGAGACCAUGGUCCUUCAGCUCUGUCGAUAUAAUUGAUCUUUGAAACGUUAGGUGUCACGUCGAGAACACAAACUGCUCCGUUAAUUACACGUAAUCGUCCUCACCCCGUGUCCACAGCGUAACGUCGUCCCCGCCUGGUGUCCAGCUUAACGUCGUCCUCGCCCCGUGUCCAGCUUAACGUCGUCCUCGCCCCGUGUCCAGCUUAACGUCGUCCUCGCCC